AUGUAUAAAAAAUGUCCUUGUAUAAACCAUUAUAUCAGAUUUAAGUACCUAAUUAUUGUUUGGAUGUCAAUAGGCUUCACUUGUUGGAGCUUGGCAAUGGUGCUUACCUCUUUUUCUGUUGUUGCUACGACGUUGCCUUUUGGAAAAACCACUACUUCAUAUACCUCUUUGUCCAAGAAAUUGCUUUCUUUAUUGCGGGGGUUUGUUAUGUUGGCACCUUUGUUCCCAACUCUUAAUGGAACUUCUGAAGUGACUCUCAAUAUAGUUCAUUGUGGUGUCUCUCACCCUAUACUUUUGCCUUCCUCGGCACCACAUGUAAAAAGAAACAUGCAGGCUAUUCUUUGAGGUAAAGGUACAGUUCGAUUAUGUGGCUCUUGACACCAUGCAGAGAAGAUAACAAGAAGAAACAGCAGGGAAGCGAAGGAAUAGUACUCUGCGUUUUUCAUUACCAGUAGAUUUGAAAUUGUGAGAUCUUUGUAGAAUUUUUUCCCCUCCUUUUUAUUGUGGUUGGGUUUGUUUGAAGAUUAAACUGAUGAGAGAUUUUUUAAAAACAAAAUUGUAGCUCGUUUUUGCUCCUUGUAGUGAUGUUUUGUACCUUUGGGC